AUGGCCGGGCCCGUCACUCCCACGAUAGAGGAAGACAAUACCUGCACAAUCUGCUUCGACGGAAAGCACGACGCACACCGCCUCCAAAUCAGCGGCGACGACAUCUGCGGCGACUGCUUCAAAGACGAGCUCGUUCCGAAGUUCGAAGAGGCCAUCAAGAAUGAGAUCAAUUGGCCAGUAUCAUGGGCCAGCCAGAGCCUAAGCCCCUCCACCGACUUCCCAAGACAUCUAUUCUCAGACGACUUCCUGGCGCGCUGGACCAAGAGAAUGCUCGAGUAUAGUGUUACUCCAGAGUCGAGGAUCUAUUGUGGCCAGUGCAAGCAGCCUGCGCUGCAAGUGUAUGCGGCCACUGCAGCUACCUCUCCGCACGAGCUAGUAGAUGGCCACCACUGUCCCGAUCCCGCCCCAGCGGAUGAGUCAAUAGAAGGUCAGACUCGCGGAAAAGACUACCAGCUCUGUCCCGGCUGCAAGCAAAAAGUCAACCUCACCUCCGGCUGCAACGCCAUACCCUGCCAACGCUGCAACAACAAAUACUUCUGCUAUAUCUGCGGCGUCCAAGCAGAUCACCACAUCACGCACUGGCUGCUCGGUAAUCCGUGUCCUCGCUGGCUCCAACCCGACGAUCCCCGCGCGAGCUUUGAUGGCACCAAACCCACGCAUAUCCAAGACGCGACUGCCCGCGGCCGACUUCCCGAGAUCGAGCGGCGGGCUCUGGCUGCCGCUGUCCGUCGGGAUAGACUCGUCACGCCGGAGGAGGAAGCGAGAUGGGAGGAGCGAAGACGGCACUGGAAUUCCGUGAAGAACGAAAUCCAUGCCGUGACUUUGACAGCCUACGACCAACUCCUCGAAGUCGAAUUCCCUGCUCCGCAACACGUAACCGUGGCGAAGCAGAAUGCCGUGCAUGUGGUAGCGGAACACAUGCGGCAGCUGGCUUUCAAUGUGGCGAUAUAUAUCUUCGAGGGGAACACGAAUAUCACGCAGUUGAGCAAUGAUCACCUUGUCAGACUAAUGCAGGGCCACGAGAAGCUGCUGAAGUCUCAGCGCGAGUUUCGACUGUCUUUGGGAAAGCUCAGCCACGGACCGUGGAAGGAGGAGAUGGUGAGGAUUUGGGAUGUCUAUCUUGCAGUGGCGAGUAAUCGGUUUGAGGUGCCUGAUGACGUUCUUGAGGAAAUGGUGGCAAGAAAUGCGGUUCCUGGGGCUGAUUAG